AUGGGUUCUAUCGAGGUUAAGAAGGUCGAGGAGCUGGAUGCUCUCAUCAUCGGAGCCGGGUUUAGUGGCGUAUAUCAGCUGAAGAGGCUCCGUGAUGGUGGUUACAACGUCAAGCUAGUGGAGGCUGGCUCUGACUAUGGCGGCAUCUGGUACUGGAAUCGGUACCCCGGUGCUCGUGUCGAUAGCCACGCACCCCACUACCAGUUCUCGGCUCCUGAACUCUGGCAAAACUGGCACUGGAAGCAAAGGUUUCCUGACCACACUCAACUACGAGCGUAUUUCAGGUUCGUAGCUGAAAAGUGGGAUCUCAGGAAGGACACCUACUUCGACACUUACGUCUCAUCUGCUAUCUGGGACGAAGCCCAGUAUAAGUGGAUCAUCGAGACGAAGGAUGGCCGGACUUUUAGGACUACGUUCUUUUUAGCCCACACGGGUAUCUCUGCUAGUCGGCAGUACCCCGAUUGGAAGGGAAUUGAUUCGUUCAAGGGCUUAAUAGUUCAUUCUUCAUACUGGCCCCACGACGAACCGGACCUCAAGGGCAAGAGAGUUGCUGUCGUUGGAACGGGUUCAACUGGCGUUCAAUUGGCCCAUACCUUGAGCACGAUGGUGGGCGAUCUCACCGUCUUCCAGCGCACACCCGCACUGCCAAUAUACAUGGGUCAGGUAGACUACGCCGACGAUGAAGAGCCAGUUCCCAAGUCUGAAUUGGCGAAGUUUUUCAAGGAUCGAUCUGAAGGGUACUGGGGAUUUGACUUCGGCUUCCUCAAUAAGGGCACCUUCGAGGAUACCGAGGCUGACCGAUUAGCCAACUACGAGAGGCUGUGGAAAAAGGGUGACUUUACGUAUUGGCUGGGAACAUACACCGAUAUGAUGUUUACCGAAGAAGCAAAUUACGAGGCGUAUAAGUUCUGGCGUGCGAAGACGCGUGCACGCCUUAACGACCCUAGGUUGAAGGAACUCCUUGCUCCGACUAAACAGCCUUAUCCGUUUGGCUGCAAGCGGGUACCGCUGGAGAGGGGGUACUUCGAGAUGUUCAACGAACCAUAUGUUCACCUGGUCGAUGUUAAUGAGACCCCGGUUGUUGAAGUGACGGAGAAGGGUAUUCGGACAACAGAAAAGGAGAUAGAAUUCGACGUAAUCAUUCUUGCUACUGGCUUUGACGCCGUCACAGGAGGCCUAACUAAAGUCGACAUUCGUGGAAUUGGAGGCCGAAGUCUUAAGGACAAGUUCCAGGAGCGCGGACCCACAACUUACUGCGGUAUCUCAAUUGCCGGUUUCCCGAACUUGUUCUUCUCAUACGGACCGCAGUCACCGGCAGCCUUCUGCAAUGGCCCUACGUGUGCUGAGCUGCAGGGGAAUUGGAUUGCCGAUGUUAUGAAUAACCUCCGCCGGGCAGGGAUAAGAAGCAUUGUGGCAGAUGAAGCGAGCGAAAAGGACUGGAUUGAACACGUAGAGAAGGUGGCUUACGCGUCACUCUUGCCUAAGGCUAAGUCUUGGUACAUGGGCGACGGUGUCCCAGGCAAGCCAAGAGCUUCACAGAUGUACUUGGGUGGCUUGCCGAGCUAUCAGGAGAAACUUAAGAGUUGUGCUUCUAAUGGGUACAAGGGGUUCCAUUUCGAGGGCUUGACGGUGUAA